ACGCUUGUAGGUAAACGUUUGGUUGGUUGGUCGGUGCGCAAACAGGAGAGGAGACAGUGAAGAGGAAUAUCAUAACCACAAAGGAUUUUUUUCAAGACAAGAAAGGCUACGUUGGUAAGCAACUGUAAUACCUACAGUAUGAACCCUGCAUAUAGCCCCACUCCAUCAGGGGUCCCUUUUGCUAACCCAAAGGGAAUAGGCUAUCCAGCGGGUUUUCCCGUUGGCUAUGCGGCUGCUGCACCUGCAUACUCCCCUAACAUGUACCCUGGAGCCAACACGGCCUUUCCCACAGGUUACACUCCAGGCACACCAUACAAAAUGUCGUGCUCUCCUAGCACUGGUGCUGUCCCACCCUACUCCUCAUCCCCAAAUCCUUACCAGGCAGCUGUGUACCCCGUGAGAAGCUCAUACCCCCAGCAGAACCCCUAUGCUCAGCAAGGGGCUUACUACACACAGCCGCUGUACGCGGCUCCCCCCCACGUCAUCCACCACACCACUGUGGUGCAGCCCAAUGGGAUGCCAGCGGCCAUGUUCGCUCCCCAGAUUCCCCAGCCUCGUGCCAACGGUGUCGCCAUGGGAAUGGUAGCCGGGGCUACCAUGGCGAUGUCAGCUGGGACAUUGUUGACGACCCACUCUCCGACUCAAGUGGCCCCUCACCCAGUCACAAUCCCCUCGUACAGACCCCCUGGCACGCCAGCCUACAGCUACGUGCCCUCUCAGUGGUGAGCCCUGGGCAAUGUUGAAGACGGUAGAUACGCAUUCAUUUUCAGACCAGUAUCGUAUGAUUGGGGCUGAAGCCCCGAUGUCUCCAAACAGGAUUUCAUUCCUCCGAACAAGCAGGAGUCCAAAUGGAAAGAUUCCCCCAAAAAACGAGGAGAAGGAGUGAGGAUCUUCCCUGUCUGGACCCAUCAUGAAAACCCUACCCCACACCCUUCAUGCCGUCUACCACAUAUCUCACCGCCCAUAACCAGGUCUCCAUGCACAACUCAUGUUUUUGUGGACUGUAGUUUUGCAGUUUUGUAGUGAUGGAAAGGGAGUUUGAACUGAUUUUAUUUGGGGUUCAUAUCGAGUUGAAUGCAUGUUUAUAAUCAAUGACGUGAAAACGACUACAGAAAAAGCUUGCUCAAUCUUAACAGUGACUGAUGCAAAAAUCGUCCUAAGCAGAAAUCCAAAGGAACUCUGUAUAGUUUGACAAAACUAGAGGGGAAAAAAACAGUUCUACAGCUUGUCCUCUAAUGCAAUGUCUUAAUGUGAAUUUAAACAUCUACUUCUUUCAAACAGGUAUGUGAACUAGGUUUGCAGACCAUUGUGCAGUAUACUUGGAGCAAUUGUUAUCAUUUAGGUCUUUGUUUGUUUGUCAGUGGUUUUAUUUCAAUGGGUGAUGCUGCAGGAGCUUAUAUCUACAACUGUGCAAUUUGGGGAUGGUGCCUCUACUCUAGGUUGUGGUGAUGUGAGAGCCAGGAUUUGUGAAUUUCAAUCAAGUGGAGUUAUCGGUGCUGCAGUGUGUUAUCAACGAUUCACUGGUCUGGACUAAAUGUGGUGUUUUGCCGUAGGGAGAAAAGGUUCUUCAUUGGGUCGAAAAAGUAAUCGACAAUUGGAAGCUCCACCUAUAAUAGUGUUCAUUAAGCCGCGCUCUCCCAUCUUUAAGGGAGCUGUGCCUGUCCGCCAUAUUCCUCCCAUUUCCACUGUUGUCCAAGGAAAUGGUGGUGUGUGAGUGCAUGCACAAGUGCGUAUGAGCCUGUGUCCUAGUAUAUAAGGAAAGGCAUUUGUAUGGUAUUACCCUUCCCCGAGUGUGAAUUGUAAAAAUUCAGAUGGGAGAAGGGGGAAAACAUCUUCAGCACCAAGAAAUAUUUGUCCUCCAGUGAGUUAAAAUUCUAGUGAGUAGAAUUUCACUAAAUUAUAAAUGCACUGCUAUGUUAUGAAAGCUACUAGAUGACCGUUUUCUAACAGGGUAAUGUGAUGGUAUUCAGAGAGGUGUAGUUCCAAUGCCGUGAAAAGCUCAUAAGCCAAAUCAUCCUGGUUUGUUCAGCGUUUAGACUGAGCUGUAGUGGACCACCCCUAGGGUGCACCAGAGCUGACUUCAUAGGCUUUCAUGUACACUACAUUUUUCAUGGAAGCCACCUCACAUGUUGAUGUUAAAAAUAAUGUUAAUGUUUUUUGUACUGUAUUUUCAAGAGACCAAAAUAAUCAAUAAAAACAAUUGCGAGUAUCUCCUGCCUAACAGAAAUGGGUAGUAGAAAUGCAGUGGAAGAAGUCGGCAACCAAGGAAAUGUAUUAAAUGCUAAAAUUGUCAAAAUAAGGAUGCAAUGGUAUGAAAAAAUGAUGGCACUAUACUAAAUGACCACCCAUGCUGGAAUUAAAAUUAUGUUUGUGUCUACGCAAUAUUUUGGUAUAGAACCCUGGAAUAAAGCCUUAAAAGAUUGUAAUAACUGUAGGCAGUCAAAAUGAUUAAAAUCUGCAAAGUUGAGAACGACACCAGUUUAUACCAGUUAGGCUUAGCCUAUGUGUUUUGAAACCACAGUAUUCAGAAGCUUUUUCAAUGCACACAUAUAAUGUGUGUGGUUAUGACAGCACAAUUUAUGAAGAAAGUCAUUCACAGGUAUAAAAAUGUAACUCCAUGCUGUAGGUGACUGUCAGCCUGGGUCCACAUAUUCCACUACGCAUCAUCCAAUGUUACCUUCCUUUUUCCUCCUUUUAAAAUGUUUUUUUUCUUGAGACACAAGUUCAAACAGUUCCGUUCAUAUUUCGCCAAUAGUUAUGGCCAAUUCAGAUGCAGUUCAUUGUAGCAUGUUAAAACUAAAUGAACAAAACAAAGGAUGAAAAUAGAAGCUCAUAAAAUUAACAUUCAUACAGGUUCCUGCCAGGGCUCGCUGUGUUUAUUAUUACUAAAGGUUGUGUAAUUAUACUUGCAGUCCGGUAUUGGCUUUCACAGUUGUCUGUAUGUGCCUUCUCAGAAAUUGGCAGUGGGAAGUUGGCACUUGGGCUAGCUCAUUGGACCUCUGGCAUGUGUUUAUUGGUCUCCCUAUUUUACACAGAUGGGAGGGUAAAGUAUCAUAACCACACAAUUGUUGGAGAUUUCAUUCUUUACCAGUAACUCAUUGGAUUGAACCAUUUGUUUUGUACUCUCCUGUGUUUGAGGAUUGGUGUGGUGAGCACAUCCUUAUGCUUAGUUCACACCAGGCAGCGAAUAACAGAACAUUGUUGUUCCUACUGCUGUAUUCUGCCGGUUGCUGGUAUUGAGAUGAAACAAAAAACAAUUCUGACCCAAUAAACCAGGUGAGCUUAAUUAACUGUGUAACCGACUGCUUCAAUUGAUCAAUUUAGUACCGAGUAACAACAAAAACGGCAGACCCCGCAGCUCUCCAGGACCAGGAAUGAAGAUCCUGCUUAUUGUCAUUGCAGUUUAGAAGCCAAAGGCAGAAGCUGUUCUGAAAAGGAAUCUUCAUCACUGAAGGCGACCAACCUUUUCAGUCUGAGCCUCUAGCCAAGCAUUGUUGUUUGAGAGUGUUGGUUAGAGAGGUCCAAUGUUUUGGAUACUUUGGUUCCAAAGUUAUGAUUGAUCCAGUCUUUGAUUAAAGAAAUUGUACCAAUUAAUACCAACAAUCUAACACUGGUCUUUCUUUAGAGACUAGUGCUAUAAACCUAGGCAGGGACUGAGAGAAUCUGUGUAGAGGCAGCCUGAACUAGUAAGCUUCUAUCGGCGUCAGGAUCUUCAACCGGCCUUGAAUUAGUGACCAUGUGACCAAAAGCACUACUACAUACCUUAGGCUUGCUAAAUUUGGUGUCCACAAUGUAAUUCACAAAAUGGUCUAUCACAAAAUUCAGUUGGUUUGAAUGCAGUGUUUCUAUUCAUUCUUUUUUGUCUUGUAUAAGUCUCAGCAAUAUGAAAGUGGUAUGAUUUUGCAAUGCUUGGCACAUAAGGAUAAGGCACCCCGAGUGCGUUUCGCACUACUUUGUGGCCUGCUUAGGUCAAGGUGUUUUAGGAAUUGUGAUUUGACAUUGGUCCCCUGUUACCUGCCUGUCUGGCAGCACCAGUCUGUUGCUGGUCAGUGGCAGGUUGCUAGCCUGCCUGCCCAGGUAGCACAAGGCCACUCGGUGGCGUACUGACUCGAUCUGAAAUGUGUAUCAAAGGAAGUGUGUGUGUUUUUUUUAUUUUUUUUAUUUUUUAUGUUUACGGAGAUGCAUUUACAGCAUUUUAAAUAAAGUUGAUAUACAAAAUUAAA